GCUUCAGUUGAAUUUCAGUUCAGUUCGCCUGGCCUGCCUAUAGACGCUCGCAGUACCACUACGUACAUUCAGUCUCAGUCUCAGUCUCACUUCAGUUCGUUUCGUACGAGGCGAUUUUCACAGGCACAGGCACAGACACAGUCAGUAGUAGCAGUACCAGAAUCGAGAACCCAGUAUCCAGUACAAGUAGCUGGACGGGCCAAGAAGAGUGAAGUAAACACCGAAACAAGGCAAAGUACCUGCUUAAGCGCUAGGCACAUACAUUUCCCUUGAAAGAAGUCAGGAAAAGCCAGAGAAAUUACAAACAUGAGCGGAGAUCGCCCGAAGCGUCCCCUUUCGGCCUACAUGCUGUGGCUGAACGAGACCCGCGAACAGAUCAAGAAGGACAAUCCCGGCAGCAAGGUGACAGACAUCGCCAAGCGGGGUGGCGAACUUUGGCGCGGACUGAAGGACAAGACCGAGUGGGAGCAGAAGGCCAUCAAGAUGAAGGAGGAGUACAACAAGGCGGUGAAGGAGUACGAGGCCAACGGCGGUACCGAUUCGGGGGCGCCCAAGAAGCGGAAGAAGGCGGCCGCCAAGCCCGCCAAGAAGGCCAAGAAGAAAGAGUCCUCCGAGGAGGAGGAGGAGGACGAGAGCGAGUAGGCCACCACAUGGCGGCGGUUGCAGCCUCCGGAAUGGGCAACAUUUUUCUGCAUAAGUUUUAAAAUACAUUUUAUUAAUGUAAUUUUUUAAGUGACAAAAAGAAAACCCACAAAAAUGAAAACCAACAAAAACAAAAAAACUUAAUUAAAAAAAUCUCCAAAAAAAAAUAUUAAAAAAACACACAAAAAAAAAAGAAAUGAAUUAAGACCUUACAUCUUUAAAUAUGCACUAAAUCCAUAGACAUGAGAACACACACUGAUACACACAUGCCAACACAGACAGAGACACAGCAUAAACCAUAAAGACUAAGUUAAAGAAGUGAAAACUCACACACACACAUUAUUUCCAGUCAACUGUUCUUUAUAUUCUAGGUUUGUACGUAUUAAUGUAUCUAUAUGUAUGACACUCUUCUUAAACACAUGCAGCCCACUGCCCCCACGAGGGGAUUCCCCGCGCCCCCCCUUUAGCCACUUUCGAUUGCAUCAAGUUAUUUGAAUUUUGAGUCCCUCGAUUCGAAAGCAAAAAGUUAUAUAUGUAUAUGUAUACAUUUUAAACUAUAUACAUAAAUAUAUAUUUAAAUAUAUAUUGUGUAAUUUAAAAGGAAAAACAAAAGAAAACCCAAUAUUACAAAUAUGUAAUUGUGAAUGUAGAGCUGAAUGGAAUAUUUAAAAAAAUAUAUACAAAAAAUUGUGAAAACAUUAA